AUGUCCCAGGUGAUGUCCCUGGUGACGUCCCUGGUGACGUCCCAGGUGAUGUCCCAGGUGAUGUCCCAGGUGAUGUCCCAGGUGACGUCCCAGAUGAUGUCCCAGGUGAUGUCCCAGGUGACGUCCCAGAUGAUGUCCCAGAUGAUGUCCCUGGUGAUGUCCCUGGUGACGUCCCAGGUGAUGUCCCUGGUGAUGUCCCAGGUAAUGUCCCAGGUGAUGUCCCUGGUGAUGUCCCAGAUGAUGUCCCUGGUGACGUCCCAGACAUACACAGGUCCGAUCCCGGCUGAGCGAGGGGGGGGGCUGGCCAUGGGGGGAGGUCGCAGUGAAACCUCGGCUCUGAACAGGAGUGGAGGGGGGCGGGACAUUACCCAGAAUUCCCAGGGGCCCAACGCCUGCUGCUUCUGCUGGUGCUGCUGUUGCAGCUGCUCAUGGAAUGAAGAGGAGAGACGGAGGCGGCAGAGGAGGAAGAGAAUCUCACAGGACACCAAGAUGGAGACGAUACCGAACUGUGAACCUUGCUCCUCAGCUCCGGAGGAGGAGGUCCGGCUCUGGUCUCAGUCCUUUGAUCAGCUGAUGAGGAACCCUGCGGGACGGAACGUCUUCAGAGAGUUCCUGAGGACGGAGUACAGCGAGGAGAACAUGCUGUUCUGGUUGGCCUGUGAAGACCUCAAACAGGAAGUCAACAAGAGCUCCGUGGAGGAGAAAGCCCGGUCCAUCUAUGAAGACUAUAUCUCCAUCCUGUCACCCAAAGAGGUGAGCCUGGACGCCCGGGUGCGAGAGGUGAUCAACAGGAAGAUCCAGGACCCGACGCCUCACGCCUUCGAGGACGCUCAGCUGCAGAUCUACACGCUGAUGCACCGGGACUCGUACCCACGCUUCCUCUCCUCCAGCAUCUACAAGUCGCUGCUCCACGGCAGCUCACGCACCUCGUCUGAAUCCUAGUCCCGCUCGGCUCCUUCGCUCCUUCACCUCCACAACUCUACAGAAACCUUCAGACUCCUCAGUUCAGUUCUCUGAUCCCAGAUCUGUCCAACUGCUGCCAGACCUUUGUCUCUUUUCACUGUCUCUCACUCAAAGUCACCGAGACAAUGUUAUCUCCUCCUCUCCUC